GUCGACCGUCGCGACGCCCGAGCUUUCCACGACGCCCGGCGCCGCAUUUUCCUCGCGCGAUUUGGCCGUUUCCACGGCGAAGAGAUUUUCCCCGGUUCCGCCGCAAGUGAAGAUGUGAUCGCGAACGGGGGAAAUCCGAGCGCGAGACUGGAUUUGGAUUUGUUAUUUCGAGUUUGUGACAGUUCCAAAAAGUGUUUUUCGAGUAGUUUUCCAAGUGAACGGAAGUUUUCCGGUGUUGGUUGUUGCGGUAUAACCGAUCAGAAGUGGACGAUUUUAGGAGAAUGCUGUAAAUAGCCAUCGGGAACGAUCUUUUGGAACGGAAUUUACGAUGAAACAACGAUUUGCAUGCGUGAUUCGUGUAGUACGCCGAGAUUUUCAUCGAUUGGAACUGGAAACAUGAAUCUUCUCUUUGAGAUGGAGAAAUGGCCCGUUAUUAUUAUUUUUUUAACCGUGCAAAUGUCGGAUUCUUUCAGUUCCGCUCAAGUAAAGGAACCGGACUCGAAUCGAAUGGACGGGAACGAAAUGAACGAAUUGGGCGCUUCCUUUCCACCUUUGGAGAUUCCUCCGUUGCAUUUCGUCACCGAGAAUAAUUCGUUCGUUACAUCUCAAACGGGAUCCACAGCGCUGGUGCCCUGUAUUAUUAACAACGUUGGAGAUGGAAUGGUAUCUUGGAUACGCAGAAAGGAUUAUCAUCUCCUAACAGUCGGUUUGACUACAUACAGUAGUGAUGAUAGAUUUCAAGCCAUUCAUUUACAACAUUCCGAAGAUUGGACGCUACAAAUCAAGUUUGUGCAGCAGAGAGACGCCGGUUUGUACGAGUGCCAAGUUUCAUCGCAUCCGCCCAUUAGCAUCUUCAUUCGACUAAAUGUAGUCGAAGCGAGAGGUGAAAUUCAGGGACCUUCAGAAAAGUACCUAAAACCAGGAUCAGGACUUAGACUACAAUGCUCUGUCUUACAAAGCACAGAACCGCCUUCUUACGUUUUCUGGUAUCACAACAACAGGAUGAUCAACUACGAUGUGGAUCGAGGCAUCAACGUGACAACAGAUCUCGUCGAGAAAAUGAGCAUAUUAACAAUAACCAACGCCGAUACUCGUCACUCAGGAAAUUAUUCCUGCGUUCCGAGCAACGCCCAGCCUGCUAGCACUUACGUGCACAUCCUCAAUGGUGAGAAUCCGGCAGCAAUGCAACAUGGAGGUAGAGGCCUCUCGUGGCUCCAAUGCAGUCCAUCUUCUUGGUUGUUAAUAUUUUCCAUCAUCAUAAUUUGGUGCUAAUUUAUCGAUUAGUAAACGUUUUUCCGGUAGUGAAGUUAAUGUUUAAGAAAGUGAUACUGGAGUAUUCAACUAUCCAAGAAGAUUAACUUUUGGGUGAUGAGUUAAAGAGAUGAUAAGAUAUUCCAAACGAUGUAAAGACUUUUUAAUAUGUAUUUAUUGUAUUCAAUGAAAAAACCAUGAUGUAUUAGACAGUUAUUAAAUUAGUUAAUUUAUUGAAUUAUACUUUUCGUUAUUUGUUACAGACUCAUAUCAAUAAAACAGGUUUCUUUUAUCAAAUUCGAUGUGCCAA